GAGCGCACGGAACAGACGUGAAAACAUUACUGGAGCGCACAUAUGGCGAGCACUCACUUAUCAAAAUAGCUUCUGUAAGGCACAAAUCCGAGUGUGACAGUUAUUUUUACAGAGACGGAACGACGGUAAUAGUCUGCACUGUACAUGACAUUCACCAUGCUGCCCUGCUGAACCCAAGCUGCUGAGGACCACUUGAGAGGCUCUUUACAGGAAACAUGGGGAACACAGCCACCAAGUUUCGAAAAGCCCUCAUCAACGGGGAUGAGCUGCUGGCCUGUCAACUCUAUGAGAGCAACCCACAGUUUAAGGAAGCACUGGACCCCAACUCUACCUACGGAGAGUCCUACCAGCACAACACUCCUCUACACUAUGCUGCUCGGCACGCAAUGCUACGACUACUCAGGUCUUUUCUUCUAAACAAAGAUGGAAAUCCCAAUAAGCGUAAUGUGCACAAUGAGACCUCUCUGCACCUUCUGUGCAUGGGGCCCCUGAUCCUGACUUCAGAGGGGGCCCUGCAGCCGCGUAUCACACGACCACAUGAAGAUGAGUACCGGCGGGCAGAGUGUCUGAGGAUUGUCCUCUCGUGGACCGGCGCAAAACUUGACCAUGGAGAGUAUGAAAGAGCUGAUGUGAAUUCCACUGACAACAAGAAAAACACCAGUUUGCACUAUGCUGCUGCCUCGGGUAUGAAGACGUGCGUAGAGUUGCUGGUGCAGCGAGAGGCAGACCUGUUUGCUGAGAAUGAGAACCGCGAGACUCCAUGUGACUGUGCGGAGAGGCAGCACCACACAGAGCUGGCCCUGUGCCUGGAGUCGCAGAUGGUCUUCUCUCUGGCCCCUGAGGCGGAGGGUAUAGAAGCCGAGUACGCAGCCCUCGACAGAAGAGAGCUGUUUGAGGGCUUGCGGCCUCAGGACCUCCGCAGGCUGAAGGACAUGCUGAUAGUCGAGACGGCUGACAUGCUCCAGGCCCCCCUCUUCACUGCAGAGGCACUACUGCGCGCCCAUGACUGGGACAGAGAGAAGCUGUUGGAAGCCUGGAUGAAAGAUGCAGAGGAAUGCUGUCAGCGUUCUGGAGUGCAGAUGCCCAACCCGCCCCCUAGUGGCUGCAAUGCAUGGGACACACUGCCCUCUCCCCGCACACCUCGCACUGCUCGCUCUUCUAUCACCUCUCCAGACCAAAUAAGCCUCAUGCCUGCAGAUGAAGAGUCAGCCCUGUGCGGUAUCUGCAUGUCUUCCUUUUCCGUUUUUGAAGAGCCAGUUGACAUGCCAUGUGGCCAUGAGUUCUGCAGAGCAUGCUGGGAAGGGUUUCUGAAUAUGAAGAUUCAGGAGGGUGAAGCUCACAACAUCUUCUGCCCUGCGUUUGACUGCUACCAACUUGUGCCUGUGGAAGUUAUAGAGAGUGUUGUCUCAAGAGAGAUGGACAGGCGCUAUCUCCAGUUUGACAUUAAGGCGUUUGUGGAGAAUAACCCUGCGAUCCGCUGGUGUCCCGUGGCAGGAUGUGAGAGGGCGGUGAGGCUCAACAGACAGGGUCCUGGAAGUUCUACCUCAGACUCUCUGAGCUUCCCCCUCCUCAGAGCGCCAGCUGUAGACUGUGGCAAAGGACACCUCUUCUGUUGGGAGUGUCAAGGAGAGGCUCAUGAGCCCUGUGACUGUGAGACAUGGACAUCAUGGCUGCAGAAAGUCACUGAGAUGAAACCUCAGGAGUUGGCUGGUGUGAGUGAAGCUUACGAGGAUGCCGCCAACUGCCUCUGGUUACUCACUAAUUCCAAGCCCUGUGCCAACUGCAAGUCCCCUAUUCAGAAGAAUGAGGGCUGCAACCACAUGCAAUGUGCCAAGUGCAAGUAUGAUUUCUGCUGGAUCUGUCUGGAAGAAUGGAAAAAGCACAGCUCAUCCACUGGAGGGUACUAUCGAUGCACUCGCUAUGAAGUCAUCCAGCAGGUGGAGGAGCAGUCAAAGGAGAUGACCGAAGAGGCAGAGAAGAAACACCAGAAUUUUCAGGAACUUGAUCGCUUUAUGCACUACUACACACGGUUCAAGAACCAUGAACACAGCUAUCAGCUGGAGCAACGCCUGUUGAAAACCGCCAAAGAGAAGAUGGAGCAGCUCAGCAGAGCCCUGAGUGGAAGAGAAGGGGGCCCACCUGACACCACUUUCAUUGAAGACGCAGUUCUAGAACUACUAAAGACUCGACGCAUCCUGAAGUGCUCUUAUCCUUAUGGGUUCUUCCUUGAGCCCAAAAGCACAAAGAAAGAGAUCUAUGAGCUUAUGCAGACUGAUUUGGAGAUGGUAACAGAGGACCUUGCACAGAAAGUAAAUCGCCCUUACCUGAGGACCCCCCGCCAUAAGAUCAUCCGUGCAGCCUGUCUGAUUCAGCAGAAGAGGCAGGAGUUCUUGGCCUCUGUGGCCAGAGGAGUAGCACCCAGUGACUCACCGGAGGCUCCCAGGCGCAGUUUUGCUGGAGGUACAUGGGACUGGGAAUAUUUAGGAUUUGCGUCGCCUGAGGAAUAUGCAGAGUUCCAGUACAGACGGAGGCACAGGCAGCGGAGGAGAGGUGACAUGUCCAGUCUGCGGAGUGAUACCCCAGACCCCGAUGACCCCAGUGAUGGCACUUUAGAUGGACAUGACCUCGGUGGGCACAGACAUUUAAUGGGUCUCAGCUCUUUGGAUGAAGAUGACCCAAACAUUCUAUUGGCCAUUCAGCUGUCUCUCCAGGAGUCAGGGAUGACAGGGGGUAGAGAGUCCGAUGAGCCUCAUGAUGUGUCGCUGGGGGCCAUCGGCACCUCACUGCCCUCUCAUUUGGAGCAGAGCCCUGUAGGUGUGGAGGCAAUGACCCGAGCCUCUUUGAGCAGCUCUGAGCUGCUGGAGUUAGGAGACAGUCUGUCCAGACUGUCCAUCAGUGGUCAGUACUCUACUACAGGUCACAUGUACAGGACGUCCCUCCCCAUCCCAAUGGCUCCAGGAGGCAAUAACUCCUCCACGGGCCUCUUCUCCUCCAGCGACACCCUAGACUCCACCACAUGUAGCAGCCAGGAGCCGUCCUCGUCCUCUGCUUUAGCUGCAAACACAAACCUGCUGGGAAACAUCAUGGCCUGGUUCCAUGACAUGAACCCUCAAGGUAUCACCCUAGUCCCCCCCACCUCCUCCGACACUGACACAAACCUGUGUGCGCUUCACACUGAGGAUGAAGAUGAAAGCCUUCGAGAUGAGCAGGACAAAUCUGCUCUGGUUGUCUCAGAGAAUACAAAAGAAGUGGAGGCGGAGGUAUGUGCAAGUGCUAUAGAGCAGAAGGAAAGUGCUGGAGCUGUAGCUGUAGCAGAGAGGCCUAAGCAGCUGGAGCUGGUGCAGCUGGAGCCCCUGCCUUACUCAGUGCCGCCCAGCGCAGAGCACACACACCCUGAAGCCUGGAGGCUUGGCCACGUGGUGGACACUCCACAGUGCCACUCUGUGUCCGAGCAGCUGCCCAGCACCAGCUCCUCUGAGUGGGAAGAACAAGUGCACUUGGUAUGAUGGAGGAUCUCGAAAAGCCAAACAGCCCUAAGAGUGCCCAAUGAUGACAGCGUGGAGGAUGUCUCUGAUUGUGCUCAUGACAAACUUUCAGGAUAAAUCGAAUCCCUUUGUUUCUUAUUCUGAUUUUAGUCCAAUCCCUGGGGAGGAAGAGCGUACUUUUGUGAAGCAUUUUGUGGCGUAUAUUUCCUAAAGUAAAUAUUGUGCUGAGUAACUGAUAUAGGCAAAGGCUGCUGUGUCAGUUUGAGUCAGAGGACCUUUUAGAUAGAAACUGUAGGCUGGUGCGCUGUGUCUCCACUGGAUCUAUAGCCUAUUGUAUGUUUUAGGACCUGAUGGCUCUAUAGAGGCCACGGUUGUAUUUAGCAGUGAUGUUAAAUCUAUUGGGAGCAGGUAAGGACUAACUGCCUUGCCUGUUUAAGUCUGCUUAUUUUGUAGGUGCCAAACACUGACGAGCAAAAGCACAAUUUGCAGUCACUAAGUGGAUUCUUUAAAGCAAAUUGUGCCUGUUGAAUUUAAUCUGAACCACUCAGUAAAACGUUAAUGUGAAACUCUCAAGCCAUAAUUUCCUUCAAUACUUCUGCUGGUGAUAUCUAAACAGAACCACUGAACCACAGAGCAGUUAUUUAUUGUAAAUAUGAGAUAUGCACAAGGAGUUAUUUUAGAUUCACAGUGGAUAUGAAUUAAAAAAACAAGACAUUUUAGUCACAAAUGUCACCUGUCGAAUUUGAACCUGGAUCAGCCUAAGGGUUAUUUCUAAAUGUACACAUUUGCGUGCAGUCAAACAUAGCUUGAGAAGCACACAUGUGAGUAGCCUUGUUUUUCUGAUGCAGGAAAAGGCACUUUCAAGGAUAACAACAUCCUAAUUUUAGAUUUAGUAUGGCACCGUUGUUUAGUCCAAGAGUUGUGGCGCAAACUGAAUGUGUGUGGGACAUUUCUCUGCUGUCACAAUUACAGUGCCUUUGUGUUAAUCACCUUUUGAUUUGAACAUUUUCAGAGUGCUAAUUACACAGUAUUUAUGGUGUAAACCAAAUAUAUACCCCAUUACCUUAUGUUUUCUCACUAGUAUGUAGUGUGCAAAAAGGAGCUCCUAACUGAUGUUUUUGGUUUAUCUGUAGCAUGAGGCUUUUGUUUAAGUAGAGUAACAUUGGAGAAUCAGAGGAGUGUAAUGGCAGUGAAUGACUUUUCUUUACAUUUUUGAUUUAUAUUUUAGUUUGAGUGCUGCAAAAGAUACUGUUUUAGAGACUAAAUCACUUUACUGACUUUGGAGUUGACCUAAUGUAUUUUGCUAUAGACACUAAACAGAGGACAGUUGCAAUAUAAAUAUUCUAUCAAAGAAGAUUGUAAAAUAUUAGGUUCUAAUUACUCACAGACUACUGUCUGAAUGAAUGAAGUGAUCUCUAUUCAAAUCAACAGGCCUAGAACAACAUUGGCCGUAAAGAUGUGUCUUGGAGUUGUGUGUGUGCCAUAAUGAAGUUAGUGGAGCUAACUUGGCCUGAAAUGUGAUCAGGUAAAAGUGGUUAUGAACCUUGUGUGUGACUGACAGUAUGCUGUGCAUGAACUGGGUACACUUCUCAAUGGGAUCUGUACUUUGUAUUUCACCUCUAAUGUCCAGGUAACUUAUUUUAAAAAACAGACAUUUUGUAACUCAUCCAGAUUUUCUAUUGUAAAGCAACUAAUCCUUGAAAUGUUAUUUGCACUUUCAUAGUCUAUACUUGAUACAUUCCCUCUUUAUAUGAACAAUGGUUAAUGUGUGAUGCCAAUAAACUGUGUUGCAUUUUAA